CAGAUACGGGCUGACCCGGACCGACCCGAAGCCCAACUUCCAUAUACAGUGUGCUGGCACUACUACUUUACGAAGUAUCUCCGCUGAAACUGUGUACCGUUGAGAGUCGAGCCACAUUGGAUCCUUCAAUUCAACAAAGUUUUCAGCAACUUCAGGGUAGGCCGGUAGGGGACUAGGUUAGGGAGGCCUUUGUUUGACAUUUUGAUGCCUAAUCUGUGAUGGAUUUAUGAGAUGUGAGAGAAAGUUCAGAUUCAAGCUCAACAGAAAAUACAUAAUUUUUUACUUGCCUGUAUUAAGUUGUUUAUCUUUUUGGUACUGUACUCUGCUUUCUGCAACUAGAUGAAUGUUCAAAUGGGUGAUGAUUCUGGGAAGCAACCAAGGCACCGUAAUCUAACACCGCUGAGGAUGAUGAGGGGUAUUUUCUGUCUAAUUGUGUUAGUACUCUCUGCAUUUAUGGUGUUAGUGUAUUUUGGCUUUUGGACUGCUACUGGCUUGCGAAUUAUCAGUGUCCAUUAUAGCAGAGUGGGAACAUCCUUCUUUUUUGGAUGUUGGUUAGCUUUGUGGCCCUUUUGGUUUGAAAAAAUUAACAAAACCAAAGUGGUAAUCUCUGGAGAUUCUGUUCCACCUGCCAAACGAGUCUUAGUUAUUGCAAACCAUCGAACUGAGGUUGAUUGGAUGUACUUGUGGGAUCUUGCUUUGCGCAAGGGAUGUGUGGGUUCAAUCAGGUAUAUACUUAAGAGCAGUUUGAUGAAAUUGCCUGUGUUUGGAUGGGUUUUUCAUAUCAUGGAGUUCAUACCUGUUGAGAGAAGAUGGGAGGCUGAUGCAUUGAAGCUGCGUCAGAUUCUUUACACCUAUAAAGAUCCUGAAGAUCCACUGUGGCUUGUUGUUUUUCCAGAAGGCACUGAUUUCACAGAACAGAAGUGCAUUCGUAGUAAAAAAUAUGCUUCUGAGAACGGAUUGCCAAUCCUGAACAAUGUACUUCUUCCAAAGACAAAGGGUUUUUAUGCAUGUUUGGAGGAAUUGAGAGGUUCCUUGGAUGCAGUUUAUGACAUUACAAUUGGCUACAAGCAUCAUUGCCCUUCUUUCUUGGACAAUGCUUUUGGGGUUAAUCCAGCUGAAGUUCAUAUGCACGUUCGCUGUAUUGCUAUUGUGGAUAUACCAGAAUCUGAAAAUGAGGCUGCUUCAUGGUUGAUGGAUACAUUCUGUGACAAGGAUAAAUUGCUAUCUGAUUUUCAUUCCCAAGGUCAUUUCCCUCGCGAAGGGAUAGAAAGUGAGCUGUCUACGGCCAAGUGUUUAGCAAACUUCAUCUUUGUGCUAACAUCAACUGCACUUUGUACAUAUCUAACACUUUUCUCAUCCAUUUGGUUCAAGAUAUAUGUUUCCUCUGUAUGUGCAUACUUGACAACAGCCACAUACUUCAACUUUCGACCUUCACCCAUUGUAUCUUUAUGAAUGUAAUUGCCUUUUAUAGGGAGCCUUAAUUUAGUACAACUUUCCCUGUGCUGUUGUGUUGUAUUCAAUUCCUGUUGUGAUCCCU